CCCUUUCUCCCCUUUCUCUCUCGGCUCGGCUCGGGGACCGUCUCGCUCGCUGCUACAACUCGCAAUUCCCCAAUCCAAACAUAUUCCCUUCUCUCUCCUCCCCCCCUUCCGCGUCCGCGCCCAUCGCCGCCGCCGCCGCUGCCGCGAGCACGCUACUGUCGCCGCUGCCGCCGCCGCGGCAGCUGCGAGUAAGGUUGGUCGGAGCCGUUGCGGAUUUUGCGGAUGGCUGGUUCUGCAGUUACGGAUGAUUCUGCGGCAAGCACAGCUGGGAUGAGGGAUGACGAACGCAGCCUGUCCGGCGAGUCCUUGUCCGAGUGGAGAUCCUGUGAGCGGGCAGAUAGCGACAGCCCUUCGACGUCCCCGCCCUUCUGGGACACGGACGGCGAGGAUGAUGACCCUGCAGGCCCCAAGCCUUCGGAAUUAUUCGGACGUUACACCUGGAAAAUUGAAAACUUCUCAAAGGAGAAAAAGAGAGAAAUGAAAAGUGAGCCGUUUGAAGCUGGUGGUUACAAAUGGUAUAUUCUUGUGUAUCCUCAGGGAUGUGAUGUCUCUAAUCAUCUUUCGUUGUUCCUUUGCGUUGCUAAUCAUGACAAACUUCUCCCAGGAUGGAGCCAUUUUGCACAGUUCACUAUAGCUGUAGGCAAUGUAGAUCCUAAAAAGAUGAAAUACUCAGAUACUUUGCAUAGGUUCUGGAAGAAGGAGCAUGAUUGGGGAUGGAAAAAGUUUAUGGAGUUGUCAAAGAUUCAGGAUGGUUUUCUUGUUGAUGAUGUUCUUGAAAUCAUAGCUCAAGUUCAGGUUAUCAGGGAGAAAGUGGAUAGACCUUUUCGUUGCCUUGAUCGUCCUUAUCGGAGAGAAUUGCUUCGUGUCUAUAUGACACAAGUGGAGCAAAUAUACCGGCGUUUUGUUGAGGAGCGACGGAGUAAACUUAGCAAACUCAUUGAGGACAAGACGAGAUGGCCCAGCUUUUGUGGAUUCUGGUCAGCAAUUGACCCAAGCACCAGGCGUCGCAUGUCCAGGGAAAAGACUGACACUAUAUUGAAAGUCUUGGUGAAGCAUUUCUUUGUAGAGAAAGAAGUUACUUCUACAUUAGUGAUGGACUCUUUGUAUACGAGUCUGAAGGCACUUGAAUACCAGGUGAAUGGAAAGAAAGGCAGUACAAAAGUAUCAGACUUGGAAGAACUACCUGCACCUAUGGUCCAUAUUGACAUGGACAUGUUUGUUUUGGCUGGUGAUGUUAUACCUUUGAUUAAAAGAGCAGCCUCAGAGCCCUUGCCUUGUCAACCUUUAGCUCCCAAGGAUGACAAAACUUCCCAAAGCCGCAUGAAGGAUGGAACUGCUGGCGAGGUUUACAAAGUUUCUAUGGAGCGUGAGGAAAGACGCCUAACUGAACUUGGCCUGAAGAUACUUGAAACAUUUGUGCUAUCUCAUAUAUUUAGUGGAAUUGAAGUUGCAUACCAAGAAGCUGUUGCUUUGAAAAGACAAGAGGAGCUUAUUCGUGAGGAGGAGGAGGAGGCAGGGCUUCUCGAAAAUCAUAUGAAGGGGAAGCGUGGUGGUGGAGCAAAUGAAAAGGACAAGCGUGCGAAGAAAAAGCAGGCCAAACAAAAGAAGAACAAUCGUAAGGUUAAAGACAGGGAAAGAGAUGAGAAAUGUGAAGUGAAAAUUCUGGAAAGAUUUCACGAUGAAAUUGCAAUCGAUAAUAGUGAUGGUUUACCAGUGGUGGAAGUGACAGCAAAGGUUGAUGCCUUGGAAGAAGGUUCUUCAGAUGGAUCAGACAUGCCAAAUAGAGGGAAAAAUCAGCAUAACAAGGGCUUAAGCAUUGUUGGUUUUGCCGAAGAAGGUGAUGGUCUUCCCUCCACCUCUAGUGUUGCUGGUGGUUUAGGCCGCAAUAGUUCUGGCUUCUGCACCGUUCCAAAAUUGGAUCAGGAUACUGUUCUACUUACCUUGAGGGAUAAACUUCGUAAGCUAGGGCAGCGUCUGCACGAGAACAUUGAGGGGCAAAAACUUCUUAAAGCUCAUUUUGAAGCUAGGGAUGCGAAAGCAAAGGAAGCAGAGUCUUCCAACUCAUCCAGUUCUUUGGAGAAGCCACCUGAUGUUCCAGAGAGCCCAAAGCAUUCCUCAGAAGUUGCAGUUGAUCUAAAAGCUAAUGGAAUGCCAACUAAGGAUGUCUCUGUGGUCAAUUGCAUGCCAGAGGAAGCUGUUUCAGGCAUACCACCCCCUACAAAUACUGAAGCUGUGACUGCUCCUGCCACAGCAAAAAUUGAUCUAGUUUCAAACAAAGUUAAUGGAUCGAGUUCAAAAAUGAAAGGCAACACAGCAUCUAAACCACCAGCAGUUGAUGUGGAUAAAGAUGCCCCUCUUCCUUCAAAAUCACCGCGAAUCAAUAGAGCUGCUUCAGUUCCCCCAAAACUGCCUUUGGUUGAUAAAGUGACUCCAGUUCCUCCCAAAUCUCCACCCAUAAACAAAGCACCGGCAGUUCGCCCCAAAUCUCCAGCAAUUGACAAAACAACUCAAGUUCGUCCAAAAUCUCCAGCUGUAGACAAAGCAGCUCCAGUUCGUUCCCAAUCUCCAGCAGUUGACAAAGCAACACCCAUUCGCCCCAAAUCUCCAGCAGUUGACAAAGCACCUCCAGUUUGCCCCAAAUCUCCAGCCAGUGACAAAGCAACGCCAGUUCUUCCCAAGUCUACACCAGUUGACAAAGCUUCUCCAGCUCUGGUGAAAUCACCAACAGGUGGUAAAGAUGCUUCUGGUCCUUCAAGAUCAUCAGUGCAUGAGAAAUCUAUUCCAGCUCCCCCAAGACUACCACAAGUUGAUAAAGCAGCCCUGCCAUCCUCAGAAUUGCCACAAACUUCUUCAGACGCUAACUCUGAAGCUCCAGAAGCAGCUACUUUCAGGAAGGUCACAGCCAACUUAGUUUCCGAGGUUACAGCAUCGAGGCCUUCAAGUGCACCUGUGUUCCCCACACCAAGAUCAACUGCACCAACUACUUCACAUGUUCACAUUUCUUCAUUGCUUUCUUGCUCUAUGAGUGAAGCAGCUGGACGAUCAGUAAAUGGUCCCUCCCCUUCUGCCCCACCUUAUACUCCUCAGACAUACCGUAAUGCCAUUGUUGGUAAGGCUGGCCUGUGCACAACAUCUGCAAGCCUUUCAUAUCACUCAACUUCUCUGAGCCAAGAUACCACCCUUUCGCAGCCUUUGUCGGCAUAUGCAUCAAGUACAGCAGUUAUGAUGCCUCCUGCUGGAAGACCUGAUCAGUUGUCAACUAGGCAUGUGUUGAAGUCUGGGCUGGGCAAAUUAGAAGCACAUGACAGCUGGCAGCAGUGGAAAGGUGAUAGUAACAUUAAUAAGCAUCUCUGGAGGGAUCAGGCUCCUUACCAACAAAUGACCAAUGGUCAAGCAUAUGAACAACCACGGAGGGAUGAUAGUUAUCAGCAAGCAAGUAGCAGAGGAACAGAAAAGCUCAGCAGGUAUGGAGGACUGCAAUCUAGGCAGUUCCAAUCUGGGACAAGCGAUAGCCAUGUCUGGCACCAACAGCAGGGACCAGUACCAGAAGAAUUUCCACACCUUGACAUCAUAAAUGAUUUGCUUGAGGAGGAUCAUAUCAACAGCAAUAUGCCAGAUUCAUUCCGUCAAGAUUACCAUGCUUUUGGCCGGCCGUUUUCGUCGAGAGGCAACUUGGCAGAUAUGGAGAUGGCUUCUGUUAGUAGCCCUGGUCGGUUCAAUUCAACCGACCAUUACUACGAUGAUGGAUUCUCAAGGUCCUAUGACAUGAGUGCCCUCCAUGGGCUGAGGGAAAGGCAAUUUCCCUCGAUGGGUACUUAUUCUAAUGGCCUGUCCGACAUAAGUGUUUCAAAGCCUUGGCUGAAUGGCUCUCCUAAUCCAGCGGUGAGUCUUGGAGCUAACACAAAUGGAUACCACCACCAGGUUGGUGACUACACUAACCUGGGGGGCGGGGUGAACGGAGUCUCCGUGUGGCGCCGCCAUGCCAACGGUCGCUGGUAAUGGGAGGUCCUGUAUACAGUCUUACAGUCGGAAUAAUGCUUGUUGUAACAGAUGAUGGGUUCCGGGCCUGAGCUGGUGUGCCAUGUAAUUUACAAGUUUUAAGUUUUAAAAGGGAAAGAAAAGAGAUACAUCCUGUAAAGUCCCCGCCGUGAUUAAGCCUAAUCCGAGUGCCUUUUCUGGUUAAACGUUGUAUUGUCGUAAUGACGUUCUUCAGAGUUACUGUA